CGUAUUGUAGACGAAGACGAAGACGACUGCCUGGGUUUUCCGUUUCCUCCGUCGGCGACGACCCAAUUUCAGUUUCAGUUUCCAUUCCCUCCGUCGAAGCCACACUCUCCAAGAUGUCAUCUUCCUCAACUUCAUCACGGGUUAAAGUAAACAUGGAGUAUGAGCCUAGUGUUUAUUGUAAUUGUGGAUUGAAAGCUCCAAUGUGCACAAGUAGAGAAUCGGGAAAGAAAUUCUUUGGGUGUCAAAGAUGGAAGGAUGGCAAUGGUUGUGGCUUCUUCCUUUGGAAUGAUCAUAGUGCAAGGAGGAUUGAAGGUGAGCAUGAAGAUCUAAAGAAGAUGGUGGUAUCUUUGAGGAAUGAAAUCGAAGUUGUUAAAGAAUUAAUUGUAAAUGAGUAUUGUGGUAUGAAAAAAGAAAAGGAAGUGUUGAGGAUCAAGUGUGUUGUUCUCCUAAUUGUAAUUGUGGUGCUUCUAGCAAAACUUUGUAGUUAGAAAUUGUAAU